AGUGCUGCUGGAUCCCCUUACCUCUCAUCUCACAGCUUCCAGAAACUCCAGUAACUUCAGAGUGGACACAGAGUAUGCCCAUGGCUUUCUCCGCCACAAGAUCCUCUCCGAGGGGCAUUAUGGCUAUCCUUUCCCUGGAAGCAGGAUCUUCAGUGCCAUGUGAAUUUCUCUCUCGGUUUGGUCUGCUGCCAAUUGGCUGGGUAGGUUAGUGGUAUAGUAACUUUGACCAUGUUAAGCUGUUUGUUUGGGUUAGGACUGCAGCUGAUUACAUUGAGACAUAAAAUAGUUUGAAACCUAAAAACCACAAGAAAGGCAUCAGGAGAACUUGAAAAGAUUCAGUUUCUAAAGCAGACACAUUGUGAGAGCUUCAGAGACUGCCAAGGAUUUUUAGUUUGUUUAGCAAAUGUGAAAAAGUUUAGUGUAACAUAGCAAGUUCUUAGAGUGCUGCUUGGUAAUGUUACCCAAAAUAGCCUGCACUCCUACUGGCUGGUCUUUGUAAGUGGAGAAUUAAUCCUUCCAGGUGCACGUCUGUAUAAAAAUCUCUGGAGUGCAGGAGGAUGACAGGAAACUUCACACUCACUCAGCUAAAGAAGGAUUCCUGCCAUGAUUUCUGCACCACACCUGCCACACCUCAAUGAAAGGCAAAGAAUGGAGUGCCAAAGGGAGGAAGAGCUCUGUGAACACCAGUGUGAACCUGAACACUGCUCAAACUGCUCUGAUUGUUUGACAACAGCAUCAGAAUCCAACUCAGAUUCACCAAUAACCCUUAAAAUACUUCAGAAGUGGGUUCCUACAAUAUCCCCCUAUUUCGAUAAAGAGCAUUACUGUUAUGCAGGCCAGCAGAUCACUAUUCAAGAAUCAAUAGACUACUUUGGAGCUAUAGUUUGGCCUGGUGCAUUGGCUUUAUCUCAAUACCUGGAAUCACAUCAACAUGAGAUCAACCUCAGAGACAAAAAAGUUCUUGAAAUUGGUGCUGGAACAGGCCUGGUUUCCAUUGUGGCCAGUGUACUAGGAGCUUAUGUUACAGCUACUGAUUUGCCUGAAGUUCUUGAAAAUCUCAAUUUUAAUAUUUCAAGAAAUACACAAAACUUGAACGUACACAAGCCUGAAGUGAGAAAACUGGUGUGGGGAGAAGACCUCAAUGAAGAUUUUCCUAGACCAACUUACCAUUAUGAUUUGAUUUUGGCAAGUGAUGUUGUUUAUCACCAUGCAGCUCUGGAGCCACUGCUUACAACAAUGGUGUAUUUUUGUCAGCCAGGGACAGUGUUAUUAUGGGCAAACAAAUUUAGAUUCAGUGCUGAUUAUGAAUUUUUGGAAAAGGUUAGCAAUAUAUUCAACGUAAAACUACUAGCAGAAUUUCCAGAAUCAACCAUCAAGCUGUUUAAAGUUACAGCAAGGGAGAAUUAGAGAGGAAACAAUGAAGGGAAUAACUGCAUUGAUUCAACAGUAGCACUUCAAGGUUUAGAACAAUCUUAGCUGCGUAUUAAUACUUAAAAAACUUACAGUUCUGUAUUCUGCAUUGCAAUAUAUGUGAAAAAGUCAGGCUGUAGAACAAAAGUGAUACAGGAUAGAACUCAACAUCUGAUUUAUCUCAUAAAUGUAUAUGCAUCAUCUACUCAAACACAUUAACUUCAUUUUAGCAGUGGUUAGUAACAAACCACAAUCAGAAAUUUACUUUAAAACUCUGUAUGAACUAUUAGAUAUAGCUACAUUUUUUAAAUGUUUGCAUAUUUCUAUAUUGUUUUCAAAGCUGUUCUCUCACAAGUUUCAUUUAUGUACUCUUGGAGAAACCAAGACAAUUUUCAGCAUUGUCAUUUAUUUUUUAUUAAUUAUAAAAAUUCCUUUAAAGCAUCAGAGUGCACAUGGUGUUUUUUGAUCUUCAAUUCUGCACAUUUAUUCUGCUGUGUUUUACAUUUUUAACAUUAUUAAACAUAUAUGUAUAGCUUUACAAUACCUGAUUAAGAUUUAACUGUCUGGCACUUUUAUACAAUUAUCAGUCCAUCCAGAUAUUCAACUUCAUACAGAUUUUUGAAAGUUUGCCUGAAAUUACUCCAAGAUGAAGAUUUACAAGAGCACCUCUGCAUCAGCAAUUCUGAGAUAAACAUUGUGACAGUUUGAAAGGUUUUUUU